CCGAGCCCGGGCGGACAUGGCAGGGGCCGGCCCCUGGGCCUCCCUGCUGCUGUGCCUGCUUCAGACCGCUCCAGGGAGGCCCACUCUGGCCCCUCCCCAGAACGUAUCGCUGCUCUCCCAGAACUUCAGCGUGUACCUGACGUGGCUCCCAGGGCCUGGCAACCCCCAGGACGUGACCUACUUUGUGGCCUACCAAAGCUCUCCCUCCCCCAGGUGGCGCAGAGUGGACAAGUGUGCGGGAACCCGCGAGCUGGUGUGUUCCCUGAUGUGCCUCAAGAAUCAGGACCUGUACAACAAGUUCAGGGGGCGAGUGCGGGUGGCUUCGUCCAGCGCCAAGUCCUCCUGGGUGGAAUCCGAAUACCUGGAUUACCUCUUUGAAGUGGAGCUGGCCCCGCCCACGCUGCUGCUCACCCAGACGGAGGAGAUCCUGAGUGUCAAUGCCACCUACCAGCUGCCCCCUUGCAUGCCCCCGCUGGACCUGAAGUAUGAGGUGGAGUUCUGGAAGGAAGGCACCAGAAACAAGAUCCCAUUUCCGGUCACUCCGUACGGCCAGGCAGUCUGGGUGCCUCUCCAGCCCGCGGCCAGCGGCUGGCACUGCCUCCACGCCAGGACCAUCCACACCUUCAUUGUCCCCAGAUACAGCAAGUUCUCCAAGCCCAGCUGCUUUUUCCUGGAGGCCCCAGCAGCCAACCUGGCCUUCCUGGUGAUGCCAUCUCUUCUGCCGCCACUGCUGGUCGUUGCCACGGGAGGGGUGGUCUGGAAGAGUCUCAUGGGGAGCCCCUGGUUUCAACGGGCAAAGACACCGCAGGCUCUGGUGUUUUCUGGCCCCGGACGUCCCGUGGCAACCCUGCAGCCCAGCAGGCCGGAGUCCCUGGAGACCCUGCUCCUCUGUCCCCAGAAGGAGCUGACCAGAAGGGCCCCAGGCGCCACGCAGGCCGGGUCGGAGGAGAGCAGAGCUGGAGCCGAGGAGGCUGGGGACGACCCUGCGAGCUCCGAGGAGGACUCCGACGACAGCGCCUGCUUCCAGCCCUACCUCGGCGGGCCCCUCUUCCUGAGGAGAGAGCCCCCGGCUGCGGGCCACGCUGAGGCGGAGGGGUCCCGGCCAGGUUCAGCGGAGGCCCCCACGCCUCCAGGCCCCAGCAGCAGCUCCUCUGCCUGGGACUGCUCCGGGAGAAGCUACGCCAGCAACGGGGAGGCCUCCUGGGCCAAGGCUGGCUCCUCUGAAUGUUUGGCCAAGAGGGGCCUGGGCCGAGAGCCAGGGGGGUCUGAGCGUCCGGGGCCUCCGCCCCCAGGGGCGUUCUCCGAGGGCAUGGACUCCCUGGUGGAGCCCCUGAAGGAUGACCCUGGCUCCUGGGCCACCUGGAGCUCCCCACCCCCACGGCUGGGUCUGCUCCCUGGGGAGCCCCCAGUUUCACUUCGGACACUGACCUUCUGCUGGGACAGCAGCCCUGAGGAGGAGGAAGGAGAGGAAGAGGAGGAGGAAGAAGGCAGGAGGGAAUCAGAAAGUGAGCACAGUGACCCGGGCAGCUCGGGGGCUGAGACCCUACAGAGGCCCGAGGCCGGGGGCAGGGUGCCGGGGCACUACAUGGCCAGGUCAGCCGGCCUCCAGCCUCUUACCCCACCCCAUGCCACCCCCGGGCUCCCCAAGGAAUCGGCACCCCAGCAGGACCCCGGAGCCUACGUCCCCCGCUGAGGCGGCCCACGUCCUUGCAGCUUUUUGAGAAGGCCCCGCCCACUGCAGGCUCAGUUCAAGAGGGGUGGAGAAAGGUGGGUCAAGGUCAGGGGUCUGUUAGGGGUCAGACCACCCCGCUGUUCCUUGGGGUGGCAGAACGAGGGGAAGCCAGGCUGCUGGGACGCCAAGGCUGACCACAAGGAGCUGUCCGGAACUUGGGGACGGGGUCCCAGCGGACACACACCUGAUGCAUCAGGGCCUGUGCCUUUCGAACAAGCUCCACCAAGCUCCCCCGACCCUGAUUCUCGGCCUCCGGACCCACGAGUCCUGUGUGUGGAUCCUGAUAAAGGAAAAUCCAGCUGGCAGAGAGCAUCCGAGGGAACAGGUGGUGGACUUUAAGUUCAUCUUGGAGUCAUGGAAUUGCAGUGUUUAACGCCGGGCGGACCUGGGUUCAAAUCCCUGCUCGGCCUUUUGCCUUCCUUCUCUACCUCAGCCUCAUCUACAGCUCCACCCAGCUGUGGUGAGCGGCCAGGGAGUCCUCCACAUGGAGCCUGCCAUGUCCUUGGUGCUCUCUCCUUGGCGGCUGGCAGGAUCUCCACCCAUCCAGGCUCCAAGGAGACCCCCAGCAUCUCCCACCUGUGACCCUUACACCGAGAACACCCAGAGCCCCCACCUUCCAGCCUGCCCCCCCCCCCCCCAGUCGGGCUCGCCUUUGGGAAGAAGGGAUGCUCAAGGCCACUUUCCUCUCAGAGCUGCGCUGGCUGGAAGCCGCCACAAGGGUGCGCUCUUCCGCGACAGGUCUGGAUGCGCUUGGAGGCUCUGGUCCAGGAGUUCUCAGACCACCCGCAUUCCCAAAAGGCCGUGGGUUUCUGUUGUAGGGGUGGCAGGGAGCCGCUGGCCUAAGGGCUCCCUCCCCGUGUGAGCCAGAGCAGCCUCGCCAUGCCCCUAUUUCUACACGGUGGUCUCGCACAUGGGGUUGCUUUGGGGGCAGGGGCUUCCACUGUUGCCCGGUCUGCACACACUCACGGUCUGGGAAGCCCACAGCUCAGGGCCAGCUGCAGGGAGAGACCAGACCACAGCCGGUGACUUCCGGGGACGCAGCUGGCCCACUCCCUGGAGGUCGCCAGCACUGCGUUGCCUAGGGCUGUUUCUGUUCCUUAACCUUGCUGCUCUUUUGAAGAUUUUUUUUCUUGGAGUUAGAUUUCUGCUGUAGCCUGAGACUUCAUUGUGCAUUUCGGUUCCCUUCCGGCCGUGAGGUCGUCCACGGAAACCCUGGGCAGCAUUUGGAAAGGGCGUGGGGAUCGUGUCAGGAUUUGUGGGGCGUGCUUAGCGCUUACUGUUUACAUAACCCUUUUCUGCCCCGUGGCCGGGCACUGGGAAGCCGCCAAGGACAAGGGUCAAGGGGAGAGGAGGUGGUGCCCAAGUGCGAGGUGAUGACUGCUGAAGCACUGUGACAGCUCUGCAGUUCCCGCCCAUUCCUAUGCAUCUCUGACCCCAUUUCUCUGUGUACGUUGUAUUUAAAUGACACCUGAUGCUUGCUGGCAUUGACUCCAUGCUGUUUAA